ACAAAUUGUAAAAAUUAUUAUAAUCAAACAAAAACUAUAGCAAGUAACUAAUUCAUUUUUUUAAUUCGUUUAUUUUAUAACAAUUAUUAUGGUUAAGAUUCAGUUUUCAGUUAAAAAUGCUUUUAUUCAAAAAUACACUCUCUUUUUAACAGCGGUUUGUCUGGUUAUGACGUUUAUGAACAUGAUGAAUCGAAUUCACUACAUUGGAGCCAGCUAUGCUAUUGGUGCAAUAUUAAUGGGAAUAACCAAUCACAUCCAUAACUCAUUAAGUAUAACGGGAAUAGGAUGUAUUUUGGACAUGAUUUAUCUUAUUUCCCGCAGAUAUAAUUCAAGUUGGGCUUCAGUCAGAUAUUUCCAAUGUAUAAUAUAUAUUCUUGCUAUCGUGUAUGAAUUAAUGUACAUGACAAUGUUACAUUGCUAUUGGCAAUAUACUGAAGCAACUAAAACUCAACCACAAACAUCAUGGUUAAAAAAACAAAUGAUAUUACCCGUCAAAUUAGGACAAUCCAGUGCAGGAGCACUUAAUCCUAGUGUUUCGAUGCCGCAAUCUAUUCAAACAACGGAACCAGAUGCAGCUAUAAACUCUACUGCACUAAUACAAGAAUCAAAUACAGAAUCUCAAAACUCUAAUGCAGAAACACCAGAACCUAAUGAAGUGACAGAAACUAGCCAAGCAUUAACGGAGCCUAAUGUAACAACUCCGGAACCAAAUGUAGUGUCAGAACAUGGCGCAGAUAUUAAACCUAGUGUAGAUAUAGAACCUAGUACAGCGGCAGAUCCAAGUGUAGAAGUAUUAAAACACACGGUAUCAUCAACAGAGCCUAAUGAAGAAGAGCUUAACUCUAUUGUAGCAACACCGGGACCUAUUGAAAUAACGGAACCUGUUGAAAAUUCAACAGAUCUUAGUAAUACACUGGCGAACCUCAAUACACCUAUGCAGGGAUCAAAUUCAGCAGAGUUAAACUCUGUUUCAGAUACACAGAACUCUAUUGGGAAGAUGGAAUCUAAACCAAUAUCAGAAUCUGAUAAAAAAGAUACAGAAGAAAAUGUAUUAUCGAUGGAACCCGAUAUAAACGCUUCUGAACACAAUGUAACAUUGACGAACACGAGUGCAACAGCACAAGAAAAUAGUGUAUCAAUUCCAGAAACAAAUGAAGAAAAACAAUAGCUAAUUACAAGUAGAAUUGAUGAAUAAAUCUUGUAAAAUUA